CGUGUUUUCUUUGGAUUGACGACACUCUGUAGCUUCCUGUGUAAGCUUGUGUCGAUGAUCUAACGAGGACUGCUGAUGAUCGACUGAAUGGGCGAAAUAGGACCCCCCAGCCCUUACUCGUGCUGCUUUUAAUCAAGUUCUGCAUUACGGCGAGUGAACACUGAGGGCGGAGUUGCAGAAUAGGAGGCUGAAAGCGGGGUGACGCGGCGCGCGCGGGGCUCGUGCGUCCUUCAGUGACGCAGCGGCGGCGCCUUCAUUGUCUCGCGCUGAAUUUGGAGCCGGCGAUGCUGAAAAACUGAACUUUUUCGGCUAUUUAAACAGUUUAAUCUGUGAAUGGCGCCAAAACAGGACCCUAAACCUAAAUUUCAAGAAGGUGAACGUGUUCUGUGUUUUCAUGGGCCAUUGCUCUAUGAAGCUAAGUGUGUAAAGGUUAAUAUAAAGGACAAGCAAGUGAAAUACUUCAUACAUUAUAGCGGAUGGAAUAAGAACUGGGAUGAAUGGGUUCCUGAGAGCAGAGUGCUUAAAUAUGUUGACAGCAACUUGCAGAAACAAAAGGAGCUUCAGAAAGCUAAUCAGGAUCAAUAUGCAGAAGGAAAGAUGAGGGGGGCAGCACCAGGCAAAAAGAUUGCUGCUAUGCAGCAAAAAAAUGUUGAGUUGAAAACAAAAAAGAACAAGCAGAAAACUCCAGGAGCAGGUGAGGGGACUAGCAACAGUGAGAUGCCUCAACCUCCGAGGAAGAAGAGAGCACGAGUUGACCCCACUGUAGAAAGUGAGGAAACGUUUAUGAACAGAGUGGAAGUUAAAGUAAAGAUUCCAGAAGAAUUAAAGCCUUGGCUUGUUGAUGACUGGGACUUGAUUACCAGGCAGAAACAGUUGUUUCAUCUUCCUGCCAAAAAAAAUGUUGAUACCAUCUUGGAAGAUUAUGGAAACUAUAAGAAGUCUAGAGGAAAUUCUGAUAAUAAGGAGUAUGCUGUUAAUGAAGUUGUAGCUGGAAUUCGUGAGUACUUCAAUGUAAUGCUGGGAACACAAUUAUUAUAUAAAUUUGAGAGGCCACAAUAUGCAGAGAUUUUGGCAGAUCACCCAGAUGCACCAAUGUCACAGAUUUAUGGUGCACCACACCUCCUACGAUUAUUUGUUCGAAUUGGGGCCAUGCUGGCAUAUACCCCACUGGAUGAGAAGAGUCUAGCACUUUUAUUGAAUUACCUCCAGGAUUUUUUAAAGUAUCUAGUGAAAAAUGCUUCUACUCUCUUUAGUGCCAGCGACUAUGAAGUGGCUCCUCCAGAGUAUCAUCGGAAAGCAGUGUGAAGGAAUAUUCAAAAUGUCACGGAUGGAUUUUUCCCCCUCCUACUUUCACAGUUCAAGUUCAGUGGUUUCAGAUUUGGGUGGAUAAGAGAGGAGCUUAUCAUUCAAAAAAUUGUCCAAGUUAGAUCUAUUUUACAGUUUGCAAUUGAAACUCCUUGGUAUGCCCACCCCCCAAAGAGAACUGUGGUUAUGUGGAUGACAUUAUGGAUCUAUUUAUUGAUCACCUCCUCCUUCCAGUAUUCAAAUGUGAAAAACACAUACGGUCCUGCCUGUCGUUGCUAAGUGUAAUUAGACAUUUAGCAAAUUGGAAGAGACUUGAAACGUUAAGUAGGUGACAGGCACAUUUUGGUUGCCAUGUUUUGUACAUUAUACAAAUUUGAGAAAUGAGAACCCCAUGAAGAGAAAGGUCUCACUCAGUUUUGGAAUACUUUAAUAUUUAUGAAGCCAGAGUUCAUUUGUCCAGUUUUUCUGUUGCCCUUCUCUCCCCAGCUUUAAAUUUUUUUUUUUUGUCAGAUGGACUAGUGUGAGCAAUAUAUGCUUAAGAGCCAUCUCUUAUGUUACACAAAAAAAUAUUAGAAUCCAUUUUUACCCAAAUAUACACUGUAAAGUGUGUCCCACUAUUUUACUUUUUUCUUUUGGUGGUGGUAUAUUCUCACUUGAACAUGUAUUUGACCCAAUUUCCCUCCUGACUGGCUGCAAAUGGCAGUAUUACCUUUAUCUCUUGGCCAAAUGAAGAGGUUUUUAUAUUUCUCAUUUGUCAGUGUCUUGUAUAUACAGUUGUAAAUAAAAAUGUUUAAUUCUG